UUAGCAGGGCAGAUCACAGCAGAGGAGACGCCAUUGAUGAUGGGGCUCGACCUCGAGGGAGAUCGAAUCAUUGGAUUGGGGAAGAUGAUUGAUUGGGUUUGAAGGAGGUUGGUUGAGCGUAAAAGCAACACUACACAAACACAUUCCGAUUCCACUCCCUCCCUCUCUCUCUCUCUCUCUCUCUCUCUCUCUCUCUCUCUCUCUCUCUACUGUUUCGCCAUUUUUUGGCUCUCAAGUCUCCGACAAGGAGAAGUUUACUUCACAGAAUUAACCGAAAGUUGUAAUCCAUUCAACACCUUCUUGCCUGCUUCGUCGUCUUCUUUUUCUUCUUGAGCUCUGCGCGUCUGUCUGUCUCUCUCUCUCUUUUACUCGCUUGGAAAACCCCAUUCUUGUAUGCGUAUUGUGUCGUUGGUAAUAAACAAAUGGUGGGCUGCGGCUUUUGUAGCAAUUGCCUCUCUCCUUCUCCUUAUAGCCAGUCUCUCCCAGUCAGCAAAACCUAAUUGAUUGGUUGAACCUCCUCCUUGCUCUAACCCUCUCUCUCUCUCUAGAUCUUUGCAAUUUCUGUAGCCUCCUCCAGUUGAAGAAUUCGAUUUCCAGUGAUCAAACUCGAAUCUUUGUGGAUAGCAGGCUCUAACCCCUCUUCAGUUCCUGCCAGUUUUAAGUAAAAAUCGUCACUUUUUCUUGAUUCCUGAGCUGGCUAUUUCUCUCGGGUUGCCAUUGCUGACUGUCAGUUGGGGCGGCAUCGAUUCGCUCUGAUCAUGUAAGCUCUAGGCCAAUCAGCAUUGUUGGAAAAUGGCAUCAAUUAGGAGGACCCUCUCGCCAUAUCAAGACCGCCAUUACCAGAACGGGAAUGCGCAGCUCGUCGAGCAGUUGCCGAAUUCUCACCGGCUCGGGAAGCCCUCCGGGGAUACCCAGCUUUUUGCUGCACUUGGGGUGAAAGUCCGCAGAUUCUUGGCUGUGGUUUUCCUCGGAAAGUCCCCGAGGAAGUCGUGGUGGAGAUCCCUAACCCGGUAUUUGCUGUUUUUCCUCGCUGGGUUUUUGCUGGGCAUGGCCCCAUUCGGGUCUGAGAAUGAUUUGCAGGCGCAUGAUUUCUCCUUCGAGAUCAAGCCGACUCAUGUAAAUGCCCAACUGGAGGACAAGCUCCAAGAGCCCCAGAUAAGGCGGGAUGAUUUAGUAGUCGAACAUGUCCAUCUUGAAGUGAAAGAAGACUCUACUCUCGGGUCAGGCUCCAGAGAGGACGGAGAAUUCGUACCCAUGAAACAGCUGAUUGUGAUCACGCCAACAUAUAACAGGGCACUGCAGGCUUACUUCCUUAAUAGAGUCGGGCAGGUACUGAGGCUCGUGAAGCCGCCAUUGCUGUGGAUUGUGGUGGAGAUGAAUGCUGCGUCUAUGGAGACGGCUGAGAUUUUAAGGAAAUCUGGUGUUAUGUAUAGGCAUUUGGUGUGUAAAAAUAACAUGACCAGUGUCAAGGAUAGGGGUGUGCAUCAGCGGAACACUGCAUUGGAGCACAUUGAGUUCCAUCGGCUUGAUGGAAUUGUAUACUUUGCAGACGAUGAUAAUAUAUAUUCGGUGGAGUUGUUUGAGGACUUGAGGCAAAUCAGUCGUUUUGGCACUUGGCCUGUUGCGAUGCUUGCACCGGGUAAGAACAAGGCCAUACUGGAAGGUCCAGUAUGCAAUGGGAGUCAGGUAAUCGGGUGGCACACGAAUGAGAAGAGUAAGCGACUUCGCCGCUACCAUGUUGAUAUGUCUGGAUUUGCUUUCAACGGCACGAUUUUGUGGGACCCGAAAAGAUGGCGCCGCCCCACCUUGGCCCCCGUAAGGCAGCUUGACACUGUGAAAGAAGGCUUUCAGGAGACUACUUUUAUAGAACAAGUAGUGGAAGAUGAAAGUCAAAUGGAAGCAGUCCCUCCUACUUGCUCUAGAAUAUUGAAUUGGCAUCUUCAUUUGGGAGCUCGAGGUCCUUACUACCCAAAAGGUUGGCUGCUUCCUAAGAACCUUGAUGCCGUUCUCCCGAUUUAGUGAUGGGAGUUCCAGCACAUUAUGUUUGACCAUGAGCAGGAUCUCCUGCAUUUGUCCAUGCGGGUUAUGUUCGGAAAACAUCAUGAGCUCACAUUGUCAGUCGCUAACUGAUGCUAUAGAGGUGCAAUCUCGGAUAAUACUCGGAAUUGGAUCGAAGCAGGGAGCACAAAAAAACCACUAGAGUUCUCCAUUUGGUUUCUUUGGUUUUGUUCUCUCUGUGUAUGAUAUUUUGACGUGAUAUUCUUUGUCAGAUAGAUAUUCUGACUCUUCAACCACUAGUGCUCGAUUUCUUGGGUUCUAUAAGUGUAAUUCUUUCCGAUUCAAAGGGCAAAUAGAGAAGAGGGGCCGGCAAUUAGUUUUCUGUCA